GUGGAUGAUCCAACUUGGCGGAGACUUCAUCCUUCAUCUUCUUCGAUCUUCUGCGCCCUAACCACCGUACAACAACAAACUAAAGCUUACUCGUCCAGCUAUUGUGUCUACUCAGAUUGCACAUGAAUCCCAAGAGAGUGCAAUUGGCAAAAAAUGGCAUCAGACUUGGAGUAUCAAUUUGACUACACCAAAUCCUUCUCAAAGUUUGGUUAGGAGGUUAUCAGUGACAUAUAGGUGAUUCAAUAGCAAACCUUUAUAUUUCAACAAAUAUAAUUAGGGAACAAUUCGUCGAGCUUCCAUCUUGCCGCCGAUAGCCACGAUUCACUGCUCGUCUCCGCCCUUUCGCGGGGUUUAAAAGCCACCAAAUCAACUCACUGCAACACAUCAUCUCUGGAGUUGUUCAGAGCUACGGCCUAGUCCCAACGGCACCCGACUGGUAUUCAAGUCUCCCUCACGCGAUUCCUCUCCAGGUGUGGGUAAGCGGGUAAAGACUAGGUUUCAUACGAGCAAGAACCACUAUCAACAUGUCGGCAGAUCCUCAGUCUGCUUUUGUAGAUGAAGAUGUUUCAUCUGGCUCUGCAGAUGAUAUGACAAUGCUGGACGGGCAAGGUAAAAACCGGCCUGGAGCUCUAAACUCAGCGCGUCGCAAGAGAAGCCGCAAGGCAACAGGGGAUGCUAUAGUGGACGCCAUGCUGGAGAUUGCUGCCGCGUCAAAGAUGAGGGCAGCUGCAACGAUGAGAAACGAGGAGCGUUUUGCCAUAAGCAAAUGCAUAAAGCUACUCGACGAGAUGCAAGGCGUUGAUCAAAAUGUCUACUUCUAUGCACUGGAUUUGUUCGAGAAUCCCAAUGCGAGAGAAACAUUUGUGUCUCUCAGGAAUGAGAGGCGGUUGAUGUGGCUGAGCGGCAAGUUUGCAGCGUCAUCUAAUUCGGCUCCGUAAGAGGUAUUUAAUGAUCACGUCAACUCUAACUUACUUCCAUACAGAGCAGCUGAUGAUAAUUUUACCUCCAGAUCCUCUGGAUGUUUGAUAAAUCAAUAUUUUGCUUCAAUCUUCUGCUUCUUUGAGUAGAUACUGGAGACACACACAUUGUGACUUGCAAUGGAUUUUUAGCUUCUUUGCAGCAGUAUUUUCUUAUUAAUAUAUUGUUGGUGUGUUU